GGCCGGCCGGCGCCGGGGACCCGGAGGGGACUCUCGGGCCGAGACAGCAUGUGACACUGCCCAGGGCUCCGCCCUGAUGGAGGCUGAGGAGCCCCAACGUGGGGUCUCGACCCCCAUCCCUGCCUUAGCGGAGCUCAGUGUUACCCCGGAAGCUCUCAGGAGAAGCCGUCAGACCGCUGCCUUGGGGCCCGAAGCUCAGGAAGGCUGGGAGCCAUCCUCCGCGUGGGCAGAGGGACGAGGGCUCUCACAGACCCAGCGGGGAGCCUUAAGGGAUGUGAAGAGCUGUGCAACCAAGAGUGUGACGCCUUUCCCCACGGAAGCCCCUGCAGGCGCAGAGACCACCCAGCAAGACUCCGUGGGCGAGAUGGGGGACACCCCAGAGCGCCAGGACCUGGUGCCUCACAGCCCGACCGAUGGGGGGGCGAGGACGCCGGCGCCCUCAGAGCUCGGGGCCUGCCUUGUUCGAGGCGAACAUCUAGACGUGGCCCCAGCAUCCGGUGAGCUGGGUGCUGGCGUGGAGAUGGAAUUUCGACCGGAACUCACGUCCUCGACUGGGGAAACUGGACAAGCAGAAGAGGAGGAAGCUUUUCCAGACGCCUCUGCUCAGCCCAGAUUUGGUCCUUCCUGUGAACGGUGCCCUGAAGAGACCCACCCGCCAGGAGACUCUGUCAGGCACGGGGAAGAGCCGCAGUUCACGGCGGCACGAGAAGGUCCAGGGAGCGGGGGACCCGUGUGCCUUCUGGGGGCCGAGGGGCUGGGGGAGCAGGGACCAGCAGACGCGGGCUUCCAGGAGGAAGCAGCGGUCGGGGAGGGUGGGCGUUCAGGGGAGCAGGAACAGAAGGGGGAGCAGGGUGACGGUACCGAGGGAGAACAAAGGCGAAAACAGGAGCAGAGACGAGGAGAUCCGAUGCCUGCAAGACAAGGAGAAAGAACGGGGCUUUGUGGGGACUUGGAAGGUCUACACUGUCGUGAGCAGGAGAUGAAGACUCAGGGUCUCGGAGAUCCGCCGCAGGGGGAGGAGGGGAAGAGGGAGUUCGGGGGGCCACAGGAGAGCAGCGUGGAUGCUCGGAACGAGGAGAGGCAAAGCUUGGUGGGGAGAUCAGGGAAAGUCACUGGAAGGCAAGAAGGUCAAGGUCUCCAGCGGAAAGUGAUGUUCGCGCAGCGGCAGGAGGAGGAGCCGGGGAACUGGGAUGAGGACCCGCUGCGGAGUACAGAAGAGGGGGAGCCACGUGAUGGCCCCUCCGCACAGGCUCUGGGAGCCUCUGAGGUCUCUUCUCCCUGUGACUUGUUUCUAGACACCUGUCAUCCCAUGGCCAGUGUUCCUGGGACUCAGAGGGAGCCUCGGGCUGAGGAACCACUGCCUGUAGCUCCGGCGCCUACAUGGGAGUCAGGACGAUGGUCCUCCCAGCCCGUUUCUUUACCAGGCUCUUUCCGGGCGGGGGAGUCACCUGAUCAAGAAAUAGCUCUGGACAGCCAGCAGGAGGGAUCCGAGCUGGGGAAGGGGGCAGUGUUCACCCAGGGCACUGAGCCGGUCUCUGCCGGUACAUCGGCAGCUCCUCCGAGGACACCCGGUUCAGCUCCUUGCAGUCCUGCCCACGUCUCCCCGAGCACAGCCACAUCAUCAUCUGCCAGCCCCCCCGCCGCCUCUUCCAGGAGGGAGUCCUCUCUUGCUGCACAUUCUUCAGAAACCUCCAGAGCAUCUCUUUGGACCAACAACGCAUCUCACUCUGGGGCUUCUGAGACUCCCCCAGCUCCCUUCCGUGGCUUCCUGACUGCAGAGGCCACCGUGGAAAUAUCCACCAGCUCCAGCCAGGCCAACCCUCCGAGCCCCCUAGGCCACUCCACAGGGGCUUUCCAGCACCUAAGGAGCAACUCCUUCCCAGGCUCUCAUAGGACAGAGCCAACUCCGGACCUGCUGGGACCAUCACUUUCCUUCUCCCAUUCAGAGUUGCCCCAGGGGGCCCCCAAACCUGCCAUCUAUGGCUCUGUGAUCCCAAGAAGGGACAGGAAAAGUGGCAGGGACUGCAGGAUCAUUCCAGAAUCCCCUAGUUCAUUAUCUGCUCUGGGGCAGGACUCUCAAGAAUUCACCUCAGAUCCAGAAAGAUCCGGGAGUCCCUGCAGCACCCAGCCAUGUGGCUCCCGACACACUUCAGCCUCUGCCCCGGAGUCUAUUGCCUAUGGCUCUUCCCCACCCCUUGUCUCUGUAGAUGCGAGGAUCCACGAACCUCUGCCCCCUCCUCCCCCAGAGAAGAGGCGUGUCCACCCCUCCAUGGUAGAGAGAGACAGCCAUCUCCACGCAGGAGUGCCCAUGCCGAAGCAGUGUGGCCAUCCUCUUCCUUUGGCCCCAGGUUCGGGGCUACAUGGUCCCCCCAAAGGCCCACUUCCGCCCGUUCCUGACUCCCUUGUGGCAAGGCAGCACCGACCUCUGCCCUCUACCCCGGACACUCCCCACCCUACUCAGACCUCCCCCUCCCACAGGCUGAGAUACAACAAGCCAUUGCCCCCAACCCCAGAUUGGUCGCAGACCCACCGUUCUGUUUCGUCCUCUAGUAGUUCAAGGACCUACAGGCCUCUACCCCCUGUCCCUAUUGUGGAUCCUCCCACUGAACCACCCCCAUUACCCCCGAAGUCCAGGGGGAGGAGUAGGAGCACUCAGGCAGAACUCAUGAAUGCAGGGGGUCAGGGCCAGCCAAGGCCCAUCUGUCCGGAGCGGACAGUCGCCACUCCCCAUUCUGUUGGACGUACCUCCUGGCCCCCAGCCAUGGGCCGAUCGACAGACUCUUUGGCCCCCACCAGCAGGAGCAAAAGUGAAGGGUCCCCUGGCAUGGCUUUCAGCAACGCGGCAACCCUUCUAAGUCCCUCUUCCCCAACCACACCCUGGAGUCUGGAGCUCCCGGAACCCACUUCUGAACCAGGACCCUCAGAAGAGUCUGGGGCCCCUGGCAGAGGAUCUUUGAGAAGAACAGCCCCUCAGGAAGGAGCCAAUGGCCUGAGGAGGUUGGAUGUAGGCCGGGCAAGGCAGUCGGCAAAACUCAACCAUCCCCAUCUGGAGAAGGCGUCCAGCUGGCCCCAUAGGCGGGACCCAGGGAGACUACCGGCGAGCAGCAGCGGGCAGGUUGUAGACCCUGGUGAGGGAUCCAGCAGGCACAAGGGCUGGAACCGCCAAGGCCUGCGCCGACCUUCUAUCUUGCCCGAGGGCUGUUCAGAUACAAGAGGUCCGGCCGUAGAAAAAGCGCUUGGCCCUUCAGACACCAUUGUUUUUCGGGAGAAGAAACCAAAGGAGGUCAUGGGAGGCUUUUCGAGACGCCGCUCGAAGCUCAUCAACUCCUCCCAGCUGCUGUACCAGGAGUACAGCGAUGUGGUUCUGAACAAGGAGAUUCAAAGCCAGCAGCGGUUGGACAGCCUGGGAGAGGCGACCGGGCCGGCCUCCCCCCGGCAGCCCCGGAGGACCCUGGUCUCCUCAGAGUCUUACCUGCAGCGCCUGUCCAUGGCCUCCAGCGGCUCCCUCUGGCAGGAGAUCCCCGUGGUCCGCAACAGCACCGUGCUGCUCUCCAUGACCCACGAAGACCAAAAGCUGCAGGAGGCCAAAUUUGAGCUGAUCGUGUCAGAAGCCUCGUACCUACGCAGCCUGCACGUGGCGGUGGAUCAUUUCCAGCUGUCCGCCCCGCUGCGGGCCACCCUUUCCAACCAGGAAUACCAGUGGCUCUUCUCUCGGCUCCAGGACGUGCGCGACGUCAGCACCACGUUCCUUUCAGACCUGGAGGAGAACUUCGAGCGCAACAUCUUCACCUUCCAAGUGUGUGAUGUCGUCCUGAACCACGCUCCCAGCUUCCGCCGGGUCUACCUGCCUUACGUCACCAACCAGACCUACCAGGAACGUACCUUCCAAGGCCUGCUGACCAGCAACAGCAGUUUCCGAGAGGUCCUGGAGAAGCUGGAGAGCGACCCCGUCUGCCAACGCCUUUCCCUCAAGUCCUUCCUGAUCCUGCCCUUCCAGCGGAUCACGCGUCUCAAACUGCUGCUCCAGAACAUUCUGAAGAGAACACAGCCGGGCUCUUCCGAGGAAGCAGAGGCCACCAAGGCACAUCAUGCCCUGGAGGAGCUGAUCCGGGACUGCAAUAACAACGUCCAGAGGAUGCGACGGACAGAGGAGCUCAUCUACCUGAGCCAGAAGAUUGAGUUCGAAUGCAAAAUAUUCCCGCUCAUUUCACAGUCACGCUGGCUGGUGAAGAGUGGAGAGCUCACCGCCCUGGAGUUCAGCCUCUCCCCAGGGCUGCGAAGGAAGCUGAACACACGUCCGGUCCACCUGCAUCUCUUCAACGACUGUCUGUUGCUGUCUCGGCCCCGAGAGGGUAGCCGGUUCCUGGUGUUCGACCAUGCUCCCUUCUCCUCCAUCCGCGGGGAAAAGUGUGAGAUGAAGCUCCACGGACCUCACAAAAACCUCUUCCGACUCUUCCUGCUGCACAACGCGCAGGGCACCCAGGCCGAGUUCCUCUUCAGCACGGAGACCCAAAGUGAAAAGCUUCGAUGGAUCUCAGCCUUGGCCAUGCCCAGAGAGGAGUUGGACCUUCUGGAGUGUUAUGACUCCCCCCAAGUACAGUGCCUUCGAGCCUACAAACCCCGAGAGAAUGACGAGUUGGCGCUAGAGAAGGCCGACGUGGUAAUGGUGACUCAGCAGAGCAGCGACGGCUGGCUGGAGGGCAUGCGACUCUCAGACGGGGAGCGAGGCUGGUUCCCUGUGCAGCAAGUGGAGUUCAUUUCCAACCCAGAUGUCCGUGCACGGAACCUGAAGGAAGCCCACCGAGUCAAGACUGCCAAACUGCAGCUGGUAGAACAGCGGACCUAGCUGUUUUCUGGGAGGAAUUCCCUGAAUGUAAGGACAAGAUGUUCCUGGAAGGGGCUGGCCCUAGAACCCUGCAACAGAGGCCUUCUGGGGACCAAGAAGCAGACCUUCUGAAAACUCAAGGACACAAUGCAGCUACCAGUUGCUAGUCCCAAACCUCCUUUCUGUGCUUUGUGCUUGGUGGAGGGAUUUUGAGGGACUUUGCACUGGACUCCGAGAACCUUUUCUCAUCAGAAAAGGGACAAAUGGGGCCUAAGCCAAGGAACUUUACCUCUACUACCAUAUAGUACUUAAACAUUCUCUGUUUCCAGAGUGCAGAUUCAGGACUGACGAAAGUUUCCAUCGUGGCUACAAGUUAAACAGAAUCUGACCUCAGUCCACUGGAUGGAGAUGUUUAAGGGGGAUUCGCACAUCAGAUGAGAGGUCAUCCUUGUCACCUCUAAGGUAUCUUCCAACUCAAGAGAUUUUCCAUAAUUAUCGGUGUGAGGUCAGAGCAUGCAUCUCUGGGAUCUGUGUCUGUUGGUGGCAACGUGAGGGUAGUACUCUCUCACUCUAAUAAACUUGGCACUUCUCUGA